AUGUAUUUCAUCGCACCACAUGCAGUUUCUGAUGAAGAACAGCCAAUGGUAUCUGUUUCAGGAGUGUCUACAAAAGGAAAUUUAAGAACAAGGUAUUUGCCAAAAUAUCAGAAAAGUAAAACUGAGCUAAAAGUGCCUGUAGCUGUUGGUUCUGUUUCCAUGGAUCCUGUCAGAAGCACAGGAGAUCUGACAGGGCAACAGGUCACUAAUGAAGGAGGAAUGAAGAGUGCUUCUUUAAAGGAUUUGUGUCCUGAGGACAAGAGACGCAUUGCAAACUUAAUUAAAGAACUUGCCAGGGUCAGUGAAGAAAAGGAGGUGACAGAAGAACGGCUGAAAGCUGAACAGGAGUCAUUUGAGAAGAAGAUCAGACAGCUAGAGGAACAGAAUGAACUUAUCAUCAAGGAAAGGGAAGCUCUGCAGCAGCAGUACAGAGAAUGCCAGGAACUUUUGAGCCUUUAUCAGAAGUACCUUGCUGAGCAGCAGGAAAAACUGUCGCUCUCCCUUUCUGAACUCAGUGCUGCCAAGGAAAAGGAGCAGAAGGUGUCCAGUAAGAAGAGCUCUUGCCAACAGCCAUCUUUGGAGCUAGAUGGUUCCUACUUGGGUACUGGGGGACCUCAAACUUUUUAUAAGAACAGCAGAGCAUCAAAGGCGGGAAGCCCAGCCCGUGUCGUGUUGUCUCAGCAGUGCAGGAAUAAUCACGGUUACGGGACUGAAAUCCAUUACAACCAUCAGGAGCGUCUGAAGGAGUAUCCGGUGGAAAAUGACUUGCACAGAAAGUGUAACAAUAUGAUUUCCCCAGCCAAGCAGAGGAGCCCUCACUGUGUAAAACCAGCUCAGGAGGUGGACCGGAAAGCAAAUGAAUUUCAGAACACAUGCCCCCAGCAAGUGAGUCACGGCUGUGCCUGCAGGCAUGUAGGGAGCUCAGGGAGCGUGCAAGAGAGCCAUCGUGUCAGCCAGGCACUUAGAAGACACUCUGGGCCAGUUCACAAAACCUGUGAUUAUUCUAGGUGCCCUCGAGUUUCUGGUCUGAAUGACAGCGUGGACUCAGGGCCUAAAGAAACAGAGCAGGCUAAAAGGUUGUAUGAAGAAAGAAGGCAGAAGCUCCUUCUGCAGAAAAUGGAGCUGGAAAUUGAAAAGGAACGACUCCAACAUUUAUUGGCUAAGCAAGAAGCAAAACUGCUCCUAAAACAACAGCAACUACACCAAUCCCGUAUGGAUUAUAACAGGUUUAGAGGCCACAUACCUGUUUCAGGAGAUGGGGCCAUUGAUGAAGCACCUGGAGAACUUGCUCUGAUGAUGAAUGGCAACAGCAUGGGGCUAAGUGUACCGGUGUUGAAACACGAAGAUUAUUUUCUGAGGACACCAGUGAACAAAAUUUCCAGAGCACCAGGGAGCAGUGGUGGGAGCAGUUCAGGGAAGAAAAUGGUUGGUUUUGGUGCAAACAUGGAAAAUGGGCGAGCCCCUCUGAUGCAAACCAAAAGGGAAGGCACCAAGUCAAAGAAAGGGACAACUUCAGGACCUAGGAAGGAUGCAGCCACAUCUCCUGUGCUGGUAGGCAGCAGCAAUAGACCUGCAACCGCGGCCACAUCACCAAUCCGGCAUGACACUUCACGGUAAGACACUAGGUAAUCUCUGGUUUAAGAUUCUGCAAACACAACCAUCAAAUUCUCCUAGAUGCAGGGAAGUAGCUGAAUUUCUAUGAUAUUUCGUGUUAGCACAAGCUGGAUAAUAUAAACUAAAAACUGCCAUAUCCUUUUGACAUUUAUAGUAAGACUUAAAUUGCUUGUUAGAAUAAGAAAAGCGGGAAUAUGCCAAGUUCUAACAUUUUAAUGUUACUUAGAUUUUGAACAGAAAGCAUUUUAUGUUCCAAGACCUGACACAUUAAAUACAUUUGUAAAUAAUUUGAAUGGAUGGUGUUAACCCCUGUUAGGUUUUAAGUCCACUUGAAGAUUUUAAUCCCCCUGUAUUCGCCCCCACCCCCAUACUUUAUCAAAUGGCAUUUCUUUUAAAAUGUUUUGUACCAGGGUUAUUUUAUGUUUAAUGACAAGCAACAAAAUCACAUUAAGUCAGCAAUUCCUGAUUAUACUAUAUAUCUGCACUAAAUGCACUGGAAAAGGAGCAUUAUCACUUCUGCUCCAAUGAAGAAACAGAAAGCAGUAUCAUUGUUACACUUAUGAGUCUAAAAACAACUUGCCUUCUUUAGGCAGGAUUACAAUUCUAGCAGUAAGUACCUAGAAAAACAGUAUACAAUCCUUGCUUUUCCCUAUGAUAUCCCAAAUUUUCUCAUGAUAAAGUCUCUAGUUAAGUAACAAAGUAGAUGCAGAUUGAAGUACAAAUUUGCUGUAUUUUACACCGCUAGUUAGAUGACUUUGUGCAGUGGGAUGACAAGAAUGUACGGCCGUUCAUAAGAAGAGUUAAAUGUUUCUUGGAGAAGAAGAGGGCUUGAGUCAGAUUUAAUCUUCUCUUGGCCCAGUGGACUAGGAAAAUGUAUGCUUGAUAUCAUCCCUGUAUUCUUGGCAGCAGCUGGCAGUUUAUUUCUAUCUUCUGAGAGAACUUGCGAUACAUAAUAGGUGAAAAACCACUAUCAAUAUUGACAAAUUUGUACUUACUUGCUAUGGAAACACUUUUUUUUUUUUUCUCAUGAAGGAAGAGAUCAUAAUUCUAGGAGGAUUUAAGAACUGAGAUAGAUUGGACUCUGUUUCCCACAAGUAACUAUAUGUUUAAACAAGCAGAAACCACAAGAUUGCAUAAGCAUUUCUCUUAGAAGCAAGGGUUACCUUUGCAAGCCGGUAAUAUCAGAUAAAGAGUGUGUAAAGAUACUGCUUUAUACUGUCUAAUAGUGAUAAGUUGAGAUUCCAUUUAAGCACUGAGGAGUAGAUGUAAUUAUUCACAUCAUACAACAACUGCUCAGAAAAAGGAAUUUUAUUCAAGAGGAUUGAUGGUCCGUUCUUCUCCAGAAAGGGGAGUCAAAUAUUUGUUGAAAUAGGCUGUUAGAAAUCAUAUCACAUAAAGUG